AUGGCUGAUGUUACUGCAAGCCAUUGCUUGGGACUGAAAUGCAAAGAACAUCAGUAUCCUUUUGGUGAGAAAUGCUGCAAGGACUGUGCCCCUGGUGAAAGAAUGAGAAGCCGCUGCACAGCAACAACAGACACAGUCUGUGCCCCCUGUCAAGAUGAAUACUUUAGUACUGAGCACAACCACGACUUCUGCAAGAGCUGUACAAUCUGCCACACUAGGAAGGGGAGCGUGGAAGUGAAGAAGUGUGAGAAGACCUCUGACCGAAUUUGCAUGUGUGUUGCAGGUUACAUGCCAGAUGUCAGAUACACCCUGGGAAGCAUAUGCUUACCAUGUCCUGAAGGGUCUUACUCCACAGGGGGAAAUGAAAACUGUCAGCCUUGGACCAACUGCAGCAUUCUUGGGAAAAAUACUCUUCGACAAGGGACAAAAACAGGUGAUGCUGUUUGCAGUAACCAUGUCACGCAGCCGCCUACCUCUCCGAGUGCAACGCCUGUUUUGAAUCUUUCCACCACUGACCACAAGAAUAGUACGUCAACUGCAGUGUUCUCACCGUCCAGACCCGGUGUGAUUCCUUUCAUUUGCCCGGAUACGAACAGUCCCACAGAGACUAACUGGGGGUCUUUAUCACUUAUCCUUAUUUGUCUGGUAUUGCUCAUGGUGAGUGGAAUGUCCAUCCUCCUGUUGAUUAUCCAAGCAGUCAAAAAAGACACCAAGAGGAGGCCUUGUAGAAACAACCAUCAGCAAGGAAGGAGCUUUCGAAUUCCUGUCCAGGAAGAACAAAUUGACUCCCAUUCUAGUCUCAUCAAAAACUGA